GGGACCACUGCGUCAGCGGCGGCGAGGCGGCGAGCGUCUCUGAAACAGAUGCGUUUGUUGACAGGCGCCAGUAUCGCCGAUUGGGUGCUGUUACGAGUCUUAUUUCAGUCUUAAAGGUUCGCAGGUGGUCGAGAAAGGCUAAGACGAUGGAGAAACGCAUUGGGCUUGAACUACGGGGCAGGAAACCCGAGGAGUUGACUGAGCUGAACCUGGACAACUGCAAGUCGCCGACCAUUGAUGGCCUCACGGAUAAGUUCUCCAACCUGGAGGUGCUGAGUCUCAACAGCGCCGGCCUCACCACCCUCAAGGGCUUCCCGACGCUGCCCAAGCUGAGGAAGCUGGAAGUGAGCGAUAACCGAAUCUCGGGCGGUCUGAACGCGCUGUCAGGCUGUUCGGUGCUCAAAUCGCUCAACCUCAGCGGCAACCGGAUAAAGGAGCUGGAGGCGCUGAAGCCGCUGUCCGAGCUGCCGAACCUCAGGAACCUGGACCUGUUCCACUGCGAGGUCACCAACCUGGACAACUACCGCGAGGAGGUGUUCAAGAUGCUGCCGGGCCUGGUCGGACUGGACGGCUUUGACAAGAACGAGGAGGAGGUGGAGGACUCUGACGAGGAGCUCAAUGGAGUCGAGGACGAGGAAGAUGGCGACGAAGAGGGAGCCGAGGGCGAGGAGGAUGACGAGGAAGACGGCGUCGAGGACGAUGACGGCGAGGAAGAGGAAGAGGACGACGAGGGGGACGAAGAAGAGGACGAGGUCGGCCUGUCCGCCAUCUACAAGGACAACAUCGGCGACGGCGAAGACGACGAGGACUUUGACGAGGACGGGGCCGAGGACGAGGAGGACGAGGACGAUGACGUCAUCGAGGAGGAGGACGAGGCGGCAGCCGGAGACACGAACCGGGGCAAAAAGCGCAAACACGAGGAGGAAGAGGAGGCCUAGGGGCUGCGCCGGCCGUCCUCACUUCACGAAUCACCCAUAUUUUCACAAACCACCCCACGGGGGCGCGGCCCCUUCAUCACGCACCGCAGGGUCGGGCCGAGGCCGCCGGCUGACCGCCCGGCGCGGCGCGAUUUUGGUCAUUUUACAAUGUUCGCUUGUUAUGGUUCACCGUGUAUAUAGUGAGAGGCGUGUGGAGGCUGGCGGGCGCGAUCGGACGGGGAGGGACGGGACUGUUUUUACUGCGUCACGCAGUCCGGCUGACAGGGGACAGUCGGAGUUGGCCGGCCGGUCGGCGGGGUGCAGGUCCUGGCUGCGCGCCCGGCCGGCUCCCCUCCACACUCCAUGGCCAUUUGUCAAUGUACAAUAAAUAUUUUGUAGUCCGACA